GAACUUAAGUGAGGAAGCUGGCCGCUUGUAAACAGCUGACAGAGCUGAGUGCGCGCUGAGGUCAUCGCUUAAAGAGGUAUUCGUUUGCGUUACGACAGGCGAGUCCUGCAGGAAGCAAGGACUAAGGAAAGAAACUGACAUCUUCAUAAUCAAACUGUGGGAGUUGCUGCUGAGUUUGUUCUGCAAUCACCUCUUGUUGAGCACCAGAAAUAUGGAUAGACUUCUGCGACUUGGAGGAGGUAUGCCUGGCCUGGGACAGGGGCCACCAACAGAUGCUCCUGCGGUCGACACAGCGGAACAGGUUUAUAUCUCAUCCCUGGCGCUGCUGAAAAUGUUGAAACAUGGUCGUGCUGGUGUCCCUAUGGAAGUUAUGGGGCUGAUGCUCGGGGAAUUCGUUGAUGAUUACACUGUGAGGGUGAUUGAUGUUUUUGCUAUGCCACAGUCUGGAACGGGUGUCAGUGUGGAGGCAGUUGAUCCUGUAUUUCAAGCAAAAAUGUUGGAUAUGCUGAAACAGACAGGAAGACCUGAGAUGGUUGUUGGUUGGUAUCACAGUCACCCUGGCUUUGGCUGUUGGCUGUCUGGUGUAGAUAUCAAUACUCAGCAGAGCUUUGAAGCAUUAUCGGAAAGAGCGGUUGCUGUGGUGGUGGAUCCCAUUCAGAGUGUAAAAGGAAAGGUUGUUAUUGAUGCCUUCAGAUUGAUCAAUGCUAAUAUGAUGGUCUUGGGACAUGAACCAAGACAAACAACUUCAAAUCUGGGUCACUUAAACAAGCCAUCUAUCCAGGUAAAACCACUGUUGAUAAUCCUAUAAUUGCAGGACCUUUUCAGCAGUUUGGGGGGAAGGUGCCUGAAAACAGCACACUACAAGUUGUUUAUUGUUCUCUCUAUAGCAUUUUUCUGCAUGCCUUUAAAAGUGAUGUGAAUCAUCAGUGGAGUUAUGUAUAUGAAGAGUUCAAAACUGAGCCCUAAAUUAGCAAGCAAAGUGUGAAUUUCUGUGUAAUUAUUUACUGCAGAGGUUAAAGUAUAAAUUUUUUUAAAAUGUAAACUUCUAAAAGUAACAAUUGAUACCAUACCACGUGACAUCAAAUAGGAAGACUAUUAACCUUGUUCAGUAUUGCAAUUUUAAAUUAAAACUUCCUUAUUAAAUUGUCUCAGCCUUCUUAAAUUAUUCUGGAAUAAAUUAUGGAAGAAAAAAAAACAUUUUCAGUAAUAAUAUUGCCUUUCUGCUGUAUGCAUAUGCAUGUUGUUGUGUAACAUGCAAUCUGGAUUUAACCUUGCAUUUUGUCUUAAAAUUCGUCUCUGAUUUUCAUACGAUCCAGUAAUUUGCUGGGAAAAAAAAAAAGGUGGAAUAGGAGAUUCAGUGGAUCAAUAGGUCGUUUGAUUGGUUGUCUCAACUAUAACAUUUCCUUUGAGAAUGUUGUCUUAUAUGUCUUUGGAGCCAUUUGUGAAACUCGGUAUUCAGAGUUUGAAUUCUAAAGUAACAAUGUUACUAGUAAGACAAAAAAUGUUUGUCUUGAAUGAAGCAAACCAGUGUCUCAAGAUACAGCUUCUGAUCUGAAGCAAAUAUUCCCUAGAGUAACGUAAUGUUUUUAUCUGUCAUUCUUCUGCCUCAGUGUCUUUUUGUUUUUUCUCUUCAGAAAACUUUUCCCCCUUACUGUGCAUUCUAAGGGACAUGUGUACUUGCAGCCAUGUUUCUAAAUUCCUUUUCUUUUGAUCCUUUACUUAAUGAAAAUAUCUGGUAGAUAAGCAUCCUAGAAAAAUGACAGUAUGCUAGUCAUGAUAGAACUCAUGGAGAGGCUAAACUUCUGCUGUGAGGAAUGACCUUUGGGAGACUAGAUCACCAUACUCUUAGUUUUCAAAAGAUCGACUCAUUUUUAUUACUUAUGCAUUGAAACCUUUUCUUAUUAAAAUAAAUAAUUAAAACCAGAUAAUUAAACAAGAUUGUUGUGUUUUACUUUUGAUUUUUGAAUUGGCAAAAAUCAUGAACAUGAAUAAGUUUGAAACAAACAGCUGAUAUCUUGACUGGGUAUAGGCAAGCCCAUGCUUGCGUCUUUCAGGUUAAUAUCCUAACUGAGCUUUUCUGGAUCAUGUGUAAUGACUUCCCUUGUAAGCCCCUGAAGUAUUGUUAAGCUUCAUUAUUUUAAGAUCACUGUCACUACGCUAUGGCAAAUUUUGGCCAUGGGAGUUUUGGGUUUCUGUUGUUAGAGUGUUAUUUGUGUAAUUUUUUUUGCAAAUUGGCAGUGAGCUGUUGCAGUGUCACCGCUAAGCUAAAAGCCAUAGUUUGUUCUUAAUGCACAGCUGUUUUUUUCCUGCAAGGACUCGGUUUAGUCUUGCUCGUACAGUAAGAACACUACAUGACUUGGCUUCAUCCUUUGUUGUUGUUGUUGUUUUUUCCCUAUUUGCUUUUUUUCUUUUAUGAGAAACUUUUUUACCUGUUCUCUGUCUGUGCAUCCAGUUACAAGGCAUGUAGGAAUGGCAGUUCCCAUUGAAACGGUGCGCUAAGAGUAGGGUUCACUUUAGAAUGUAAAGCAAGUGUUUAUUUUAUGGGCUUCAGUUUAUGUUGUUGCAUUUGCCAAACCACAACUCCUCUCAGUGUUAGAGUAGAGUGGUUGUUUACCUUUUGUGUUUGUCCAUACUAUAAAGGAAUGGUUUGGGUGUAUGGAAGGAAAGUUGGAGAAAGAAAGGCAUCUGUCAAAUCCUGUGUAUUAUAGGAGAUUUGCAAAACUCCUAUCUACAACUGUUUUUAAAACAAAACAAAUACUUAUGCAGCAAUUUAGGUUAAGGAAAUGAUGGUGGAAAUUUCUUAUUGCUAAUAGCUUCUGCCAUGAAGUUCUUUAUUGAUGAUAAAAUCUGUGUUUGAUAAUUCUACUUAUAAUCAGUAAAAUGAGUAGUGGUUAUCCUGAACUAUUAAUUCUUGUAAAAGUAAUCAGUUGAUUUUUUUUUUUUUUAAGUCUGUGUAUCUUUGAAAAGAAAUGUGUUAAAAAAUGCAUGUCUGAGAACAUUUCCAGCUUUCAUCCAGAUAAUUUUGGAAUGCUGAAAUAUUAAGUUGCGUAAGAUGCAAAUGCACAUGCAUUCUAGAUUGCUCUAAAGAAUAUAUUUAAACAUAGACAGGUGGAACAAUUGAAACAUAAGAAACAUUUGUGGCUGUGGUUUAAGUAUGGUUUAUCUGUUUUCUAAAUACGUGCUUUGUAUGUAAAGUUUUAAUUGAAAAUAGCAAAUUAUGGUUUUGCUGAAGAUUUGUCACAUAAUUUUUUAAACUCCGCUGCAGCAAAUCCUAAUCUAAAUCACUCUUUACUCACA